AUAAUUGUAAAUAAAUUUGCCCAUCUCUAGCACCGCGCAAAAAGUGACGCGCAACAGCUUUCAAUUUCAACGAAUUGUGUAAAUUGAUUAUAAAACUAAAAAGAAAUUAUGGCCGAUGCCGAUAAUCUGGACAAUCUCAGCAAUGCGGAGUUGCGAGCAAAGAUGCUGGCUCAGGGGUUGCCGAACAUACCGGUAACAGAUAGCAGCCGCAAGGUGCUUGUAAAACGUUUACGUGCGUCGCUUGGCGGCAAUGCGUCGCCGGCUGCCACUGGCAGUCCCAAGAAGACCAGCAAUCGCCGUGAGACUUUGCAACCUGCCCCAGUGGACAAGACAGAUGGCGCCGCUGCUGCGCGUGAAGCAAAUGCUGCAUCCAAGGCACGCCGCACCAUAGCUGUUGCUCCAGCUGCUGCUGCUCGCAGUGACAACAAAGAGGCGGCAAGUCGUCGACAGACAGUAAACAAGCCGGAAGCAUCACAGCCACAGCCACGUGGCCCGCAGGCUGCUGCAGCAGCAGCAGAGCCCAUAAGGAAACCAGUUGUGCAGGCUGCACCCAUAUCAACACGUCGCAGCUCUAAUUCCAACACCAAUAUGGAGACACGCCGCGAGCUGCAUAGCGAGCGUGUGGUCAAACAGGCUGGCACUAUAUUUGAGGAGCCGCCACAACGCAAGAACACAUUGAUGAAGAACUCGCUGAUUAUACUAGAAUCCGAUGAGGAGGAGGAUGAGCAGCUGGCAGAAGCUUUGCAGCAUGCUGAGGAUCAAUACAGACACAAGUUAACUACAGCUAGACCCAAGCUUACUACUACAACUACUAGCACUAACGAGUACAUCAGCAAACCGCUGUAUCCCACACUGGAGCCAAUGCAGCAGCUGCAGCAGGCGCUCUAUGUGCCACCCAGCGCCAGCUCCACCGUCCGCUCCACUCUGGGCGGCUCGAAUUUGGCUAGCUCCAAUUUGGCCAGCUCCUAUAGCGCACGAUACAGCAGCUUUGUGAGCCCAGCUAGCAGCAGCUAUGCCAGCAAACCAGCAGCUCCUGCUCCUGUUCCGAUGACUUCAAGCUAUCGUCGUUCGCCGCCACGCACCUUUGCCAAUGAGUUUAGCGAUGAUACCGCUGAUGAUGAUGAUGGCGCCUCAAACAGCAAGUACGAGAGCGACUUUGCACGCAGUUUGGCACGUCUACGCGCCGAACGCAUUGGCGAUCGCAGCAGUCCCUAUCGACGCACCACUGCUGGCUCCAACUUGGGUGGCAGCUAUGAGCCCGCAGUACGUCGCUCGCUGCGUCCGGAAAAUGAAAGCGUAUCCGUAUCCGUGGCCUUCCAGCGCUGGUGGGUCAGCCUAGACCGCAAGUACGGGCUCAAAUCGCAAUUGUUUGUGUUGUUUGUGCUGUUGUUGAUCUAUGGUGCCUACAAAUUGUUCUACUAAACAUAGUUAAAGUUGCCAUAAAAGAAUACUCGAAUUUCAUGUUAAUUAAGUUAGGUUCCUUAAACAUAUAACUGUAAAAUGAAUGUUAAUUAGCGUCAAAUUGAUUUUCUGUUUAUGUUUAAGUGUAGUUGCACUUUUGGCAUUUAUGUAAACCCCAUGUUCUAAUUUCGUUGAAGCAACAAAUGUAAUAAAAACUUUAAGAGGCAAACGCAGCAAUGUUGUCAACAAGAGCCACACGUAUGUGGCAAGAGGCAAUGGCAACAGCAGCGUUGACAUAUGCGCGUGCAGCAGCCGUUAAUGAUAGAAAAGUAUU